CUGAGCCGGUAACGUGUGCUUUUGGCGCUGCUGGUUACUGGACCCGGGGCCCCGCGUACCGGCCUCUAUCAAACCCAGGGGCCACGGGCGCUAAGUCACCUUCUCCAUUUGGGUCCCAGACCCGGCACCAAGCUCCCUGCUCCGGCCGCAUCGUCCCAGCGGCGGUUUGUCACCAGUGGAAGGUCUAACCGGCCUGGCCUGUAACCAACCCUCCCACCCGGCCUCUUCAGGGAUAAUCAGCUCUGUAGGCAGCCCUCGCCUCUCCCCCUCUAUCUCUAGCUCUUACCCCAUUCACAUUGCCGCUAUUAACCCAUCACCUGCUUCUGCUAAAUUUUCUGGACACGUCUGCCUGUUCUGUCACACCCCCUCCCCCACCACCAGCCUCUCCUUUCUACCUGUUGGUAGCUUCUCCCCACUCUAAAUGGUGAAAAUACCCCCUUACAUUGCUUUAGCUUCUGAUACUUGCCCCUGCAUCACCUUGCAUGUUACGUAACCUCCUGUCAGGGUAACUGCUUCAUCUCAGUACCCCAUCUAAUUGUUUUUCCACCCCAGCGUUUCUGGAAUCUUCUUCCACUUCCUCUCCUUAAAACCUACAUCCCUCGUUCUUGCCGGCGGGGGAACCAUUCUUCCAGCUCAUUGCCCUUUUCUCUGAUUAUCCCUCUACUUCCCAUUAGCCGGUUCUUCCCCACCUGCAGCCAUGGCCUCCAAGACGGGUAAAUCCCUCGACUUGGAAGGAAACUGCGUUCUUUGCUGCCAAGAGCUGGAGAUCUAUGCUAUCGGGAAGUGUGACCAUCCCGUCUGCUAUCGCUGCUCCACUAAGAUGAGGGUCCUGUGUGAGCAGAAAUACUGCGCUGUGUGCCGGGAGGAAUUGGACAAGGUGAUCUUUGUCAAGAAAGUUGUUCCCUUUUUAAGCAUCAACACUCAGCAAAUGCAGUACGAGAAGAACCAUGACAUCUAUUUCAGCGAUGGGAAAAUGUUCUCCCAGUACAGGAAGCUGCUGCAACAUGAAUGCACCUUGUGUCCAGAGGUGAGACCUUUUCACGCCUUUCCUGACCUGGAGCAGCACAUGAGGAAGCAUCACGAGCUCUUCAGCUGCAAGCUCUGCCUGAAACACCUUAAGAAUUUCACUUACGAGCGUAAAUGGUAUAACCGCAAAGACCUUGCCCGUCACCGCAUUCACGGGGACCCCGAGGACACGUCUCACCGCGGGCACCCGCUGUGCAAGUUCUGCGAUGAACGCUACCUCGACAAUGACGAGUUACUCAAACAUCUGCGACGGGACCACUAUUUCUGCCACUUCUGUGACUCUGAUGGUGCCCAAGAGUAUUACAGCGAGUACAACUUCCUGCGGGAGCAUUUUCGCGAUAGCCACUUCUUAUGCGAGGAGGGACGGUGCAGCACCGAGCAGUUCACCCAUGCUUUCCGCACCGAAAUAGAUUACAAAGCGCACAAGACCUCCUGCCAUAGCAAGAGCAGAGCCGAGGCCCGGCAGAACCGGCAAAUCGACCUCCAGUUCAACUACGCGCCACGCCAUAAUCGCAGAAAUGAAGGCAUAGUUGGCGGAGAGGACUAUGAAGAGGUUGAUCGCUUUAACAGAUCGGGAAGGUUAAUGAGAGGAGGAGGCGCUCGCGGAGGGCAGCAGAACAGGAGAGGGAGCUGGAGAUAUAAAAGGGAGGAAGAGGACAGAGAAGUCGCCGCUGCUGUUCGGGCGUCUGUAGCUGCUCGCCGUCAAGAGGAAAUGGGGAGAAAACAACCUUCAGAAAACCCAGAGAACGCGAAGUCCCGGAAGGAGGAGACGCGAGAACCCGAGGAGGGCCGCAAGACCAAGGUCUUUGCAAAACCUGCACCUGAGGUUACAGGGCCAGAUUCCCUUAUGAAAACUACGACUCUAGGGGCUAAAGAGACCAGGUCUAACGGACCUUUGAAUGAAGAGGAUUUUCCUGCUUUUGGUUCUGCUCCGGCUGCGCCAUCACUGAGUGCGGCAAAGCCAGCCCAAGUAAAGCUGAAGGAAGAGGACUUCCCAAGCCUCUCAGCUGUUUCUUCGCCCGCUUCUUCCAGUUCUUCCUCUGUGCCAGCAUUCUCUGCAGGGAUCACAUAUACUGCGAGGAACACAAACAGGUUCCAGGAGGAAGACUUUCCGGCCUUGGUGUCUAAUAUAAAGCCAAACAGGCCCAUGUCUUCCGUGACUUCUGCAUGGGCUGCCAGCACUUCAAAAAGCAAGCCUAAACCUGCGACUCCUAGUAUGGCUUCAAGUAAAGUUGGGAAGGGUGCUCCUCUACUUGGCAACAGUAAAGGAACAACAAAAAAGAGUCCCAAGCCCUCCUCUUUUUCCGAGGAAGAGGAAGACGGUAAUGGGAUAACCCAACAGGAAUUCCGUAACACACCGACCAUGUUUGACAUCUCCAAGCUGCUGACGGCACCAGCGCCUCAGAGCUCUGGAAAGGUGAACAAGAAGAAACGAGUUGGGUCUGAGAAACAGGGUUCCUCUUCCAGCAGCCAGCCGUCGGUCGACAGACCUGCCAAUUCUUCUCUCAAGGAAAACGCUAGAGAGAGAGAACGGAAUCCAACACCGCCUGCCAGUUCGAUCCUCGGUGACAAAUCCAACACGGUGGCAAAUGGGCCAACAGAAAAGGUGCCGGAGAAGAGUAGCGUCUCAAGCGAACCACCAGGCUUUAAAAUGCCUGUUAAUUCUGCGCCGCAAUACCCUUUGCCCGAGGAAGACUUUCCUGCUUUAGUGAACAAUAAUGUACUCCGAAUGCCACCGCCAGGGUUCUCUCCGGUUGUGACGGUAGCUCCUCUAGCGCCUCCACCAGGGCUAUCGACAUCCGUUGGGAAACCUCCUCCCGGUUUCAGCAACAUCCACGCUGUCUCUCAUCCAGCGGAGCCACCGAUCAAGCCUGUGAAAGAGCAGACUUUUUGCUCCAGACCGUACCUCGUGCCUGAGAAUUUCCAGCAGCGGAACAUCCACCUGAUCAAUUCCAUCAAAGACUUCCUGCACAGCGACGAGUCCAAGUUCAACGAAUUUAAAUCCCACUCUGGCAAAUUCCGACAGGGGCUGAUAACGGCUUCCGAGUAUUACAAAAGCUGCCGACAGCUACUCGGGGAGAACUUCAACGUGAUCUUCAACGAGCUGUUGGUCCUCUUGCCCGACACCUCCAAGCAGCAGGAACUGCUCUCCGCUCACAGGGACUACAGACAGGAAGACAAACCCAUCUCCAACAAAUCCAAAAAGAACAAGAAAGGGGCCUGGAAAACGGACUCGAACGCUUCUGAUCAGGACUACUCGACGUGCCCCAGUUGUGGCCAGGUGCUGGCUCCCAGGGACGUCACCUACCAUAAGACUUUGCACAUAGAGGACAAUGACUUCCCGUCGCUCCAGGCCAUCAGCAGGAUCAUCAGUUAAGUCCCUAUCGGCUCUGCCCAGCGUGGGUUUGCACUUAGCGGGAAAGAGGAUGUGCCACUAAUUUCAAAAAGAUCUAAUGUACUCCAAGAGCAGGCUGAGGUUUUACCUCCUGGCCAUACCAAAAUUAUUUGUCUACGAGAUCUUGCGGCCAAAUAAAAAGGUUUUUUUCUUCGGUGUAGCUGAUAAAA